AUGAAGCUCAUUGCAAAAGAGAAUGAAUGGAAGAAGGACAAGGCUGUUUUGGAAUAAAAAAUAUAAUUACUUGAACUUUAAUUAGAAGACUAUAAAUCAAGAGAGUCUAAUUAUAAAAAAUUGAACGAGACUAUAUCGCAAGCCAUAAACGAUACUUCUGCGAUGCAAAAAGUAUUUAUUUCUUCGAAAUUGCCAUAGAGAUCCGUAUCGGAAUUAUAAAAAAAUGUCGAUAUUUAACAGAAAGAUCAUAAUAAGGCAAUUUACAAAGAGCAGAUUAAGUCUCUUGAACUUUAAGUUAGGUCAUUAACAGAACAAUUGUAGGAAAAAGAUUCGUAAGGAAAAGAGAUGGAAUUAUAAUUCUAGAAGCAAUAUUACCAAUACGAUCAUAGAAUUGUUUCAUUGGAACAAGAAAAGCUCUCAAGUAACCAAGAAAAUGCGAAGCUCAAGGAACAAAUACUCAAGCUUGAGGAGAGCUUCAAAUAAAGAGAGCAGCAAUUGAAAAAUCAGUUCGAAUAAGAAUUAUAAAGAAUCAAGGAUCUCAAUAUGUAGGAUAACGAUCUAAAACAAACAGACUACGAAUCAAAAUAUUCUUAACUGUCUUUGCUAUAUGAGAAAGAAAAGGAGCAAUUACAACUAAGGAUUAGCAAAUGUUAGAACACGAUCAAAAGAUACUAACAACACAUAGAAUAAAAUGUCGAUAUAGUUAAUAUCAAAUAGCAGUAUGAGGAUUAAAUUCAGUAGCUUAAGGAACAGAACUCCCUAUUAUAGACUUAAUUCCAAUAUGAAAGAUAAAUCCUAUUGUAAUAAAUAGAUGAACUCAAAAAAUAAUAAAGAGAACACAUUAUGAAGGAAAGUAUCAAUUAUCAUGAGUCGACUUCUAAAAAGAGGAGUGUGGACGCAGUCAAGAUUAAAAGUUCCUUGUAAUCUUAUGACAGUCCAGUUUAAUGUAAGAGUUUUCAUAUUGCCAGUCAAGAUUCAAAAGGAAUCAGCUAUAAUUAAUACCUAAAGAACUCAUCGAAUUAAUCACUUAAUUUCACUUAGAAAUAACUCUAAUAGUCUUAAUAAUAAAAUAAUUAAUCAUUUGAAAAAUCAUGUAAAUUUAACGAUGGAUUACCCAUGUCAAUCGAUUAGUUUAACUUAAUGAAGAAUAAGAAACAAAAAUCAUAAUCAACUCUAUCAAUCCCAACUAGUAAUAAUUAUAAUUUGAAUUCACUCCUAUAAGAAGCUAGCUUAUUUUAAUAAAAUCAGGAGUCCUUUCAAUUAGAUUCCAACAAUACUCAAAAAGAGGAUCCAUCUAAAUAAAGAAUAUUGAAGCAACUGAAUCCAAACAUUGCAACCAGAUAAUUAGAUUAUAAUCGAUCAGUAAAACAUGAUUAGUGCAGAUAACCAGAGUAACCAUACUAAAGAUCAGUCUCACAGGAGGGCUUAAAAAGUUCAGUUACAAAUCUAAGUAAGAUGCUUGGAUAAACUGAAAUUAGCUCCCAAUAGUCCAACUCAACAUAUUAAUAAACAAACAAUACUUCGUUAAAUUGUUUAAAAGUGCCUGCGUUCACUUAAAAUUAAUUGAAUAGUUUAAAGAAUAGUACAUUGUAUGUGUAUCCUUGCGCAACUUUAAGGAUGAAUGAGAACCAUGUUUAAAAGGCGAGAUAUAACAACAAUCAUAGUACUCACGAGGAAGUUAAAUAAAAUAAGGAAAAUCAGUUGCCUAGUAAAAAGCAAUCCAGAAGCGAUAUUAAAAUGAUUAUUGGCAAGCUAUUAUAAACAAAAGGAAAACAAAAUGAAGACAUGGACAAAACGUCAUAAUUUUCCAAAGUUAAUAGAAUUUGA